UUUAUUUUAAUCAUACAUUUCCUUCUUAUAUCAACAUCAUCAUCAUGUCUAUUGCCAAACAAAACUUUGCCACUGCUUCUGAAGAAGCCAUCAAUCAACAAAUCAACACUGAAUUGCAGGCAUCUCAAGUGUAUUUGUCUAUGGCAGCUUGGGCUCAACAUACCACUGUGGCUCUACCAGGAUUGGAAAAGUAUUUCCGUCACUCUGCUCAAGAAGAACGCGAACAUGCUCAACAUCUUAUUGAUUAUUUGAAUAUGCGUGGAGGCAAAGUUAUAUUACGCGCUUUACAAGCACCUGAGACUGAUUGGAAGUCUGCAAAGAAUGCGGUUGAAUCUGCAUUACAAUUGGAAAAGGAUGUCAACAAAUCAUUACUUAACCUUCAUAAGAUUGGAGAUGGUAACAGUGAUCCUCAAAUGUGUGACUUUAUUGAAAGUCGUUACUUGGAUGAACAAGUACAAGCAAUUAAGACUUUGGCUGAUAUGGUGACUCAAUUGAAUCGUGUUGGAGAAGGCCUUGGCGUUUACUUAUGGGAUCAACAACUGUAUAAGGAUGAUGACAAGACAGGUGCUGGUAGUAGAGUCAUCAGUAGUGGUGGCAACUAAAAACAAAAGUACAUCCUAUGGUUUCUAUUCUAUAUAUAAAUGUCAUUCUUUUUACUUUGUUGGUUAUGUGUUUAUUCCAAAAUCAAAUCAAAUAAAAAAAAAGUUCAUCCAUCACUUUAUUUAUUC